AUGCCUGACGACCUGUUCUCUCAGCUUCUCUCACCUUUUGACACCCCCAGUCUGCUUUGGUCUCAGUCCUUCCCAAUUGCUCUGGACAACCAUCCAAGAGGCUUUAUGCGUGCCGACGAAAUCUUCACAGAGAACGGUGGGCCAAUCCCACUCCCGCCGAGGUUCGCUCAGAUCAAACGGAGUCUCGUCGCGGGCAAGGAGUAUGCAAUACUGCAGUCGUGGGAGCGCCUGCUGGUCGCCCUCCGCGCCGAGAUCGCCGUCAUCGCCGUCAUCAAGUCUGACAUCAUUCCUACCAUUGACUUCUCCGAGCUGCAGGACCACUCCCGGGUGUCCGAAUUCGCCGCCAAGCUCCGGCGUCGAGGUGGUGCCGUCAUCCGCAAUGUCGUACCGGCCGCUGAAGCCCAUGCUUGGCGGGAGGAGACGGAGGCUUACCUCUCCGAGAAUCCGCAUACCAAGGGCUGGCCGACACGCGACCCUCACCUCUUUGGCAUCUACUGGUCUCCGGCACAAAUCAAGGGUCGUGCCCAUCCCAAUGUCCUCGCCGCCCAGCGGUUCUUGAUGGGCCUGUGGCGGUCCCGGGAUCCAAACGCCCCCGUGGUGGUCGAUAACCCCGUCGCAUACGCUGACCGUCUAAGGAUACGUACCCCGGGAGACGAGACAUGGCAUCUAAACGCCCACGUCGAUGGCGGCAGCGUGGAACGUUGGGAGAGCGACGGCUAUGGGAACGCUGGAACGUAUCAGCGGAUCUGGGACGGACGGUGGGAGGACUACGACCCUUGGGACAGCAGCACCCGACUUAAGGUCACUUCGGACCUUUACAACGGAGCAGGCUCAUGCAGCAUGUUCCGCAUGUUUCAGGGCUGGCUGUCCAUGUCCGACAUCGAUCCAGCCGACGGCACCCUUCUGCUCUGCCCCAUGCUCCAGCUCGCCACAGCCUAUUUCCUGCUACGCCCCUUCUUCUCCCCUCAUAAUUCCUCGCCGACCGCUCCAAACUUUCUUGCACGUGAAAACUGGACAUUGGACUUCGCUCAGACGAGUAUCAUCCAGGGCGCCGUUCCGUCGUACACGCAAGAACUUAACUCAGUGCUUCACCCGCACCUGCAGCUCGACAAGUCUCUUGUGCGGAUUCCAACUGUUCGACCAGGUGACUACGUUGUCUGGCACCCGGACAUGGUGUACGGCGUCGACAGGGUGCCUCCGUCGGCGGCGGCUGCGACGAUCAUGUAUAUCCCGGCCUGUCCCCUGACGCAGACUAACGCGCUUUACCUCGCCCGCCAGCGGAAGGCGUUCCUCCUCGGCCAGCCGAGCCCGGACUUUGGGGGCGGUAAAGGGGAGACGACGCAUAUGGGUCGGCCAGGCGUGCAGGAGGUCAGCGAUGCCGGCGGGGAGGACGGACUCAGGGCCAUGGGCUUGUUGCCGUGGGGGGAUAAGGAGGGGAGGAAUCCGAUCGCGAAGGCGCUUGUAGGAAUGGCGAAUGCGAUCUUAUUCCCUGGGAGCUAUGAUAUGGUCUGA